UCCCCUCCCCGUGAGCGGCGCUGUGCUCAGCCCGAGACCGCGAGGGGAGCAGCGGGGCCUCUGGGCCCGUCCCAGCGCCGAGAGGCUGCUUUAAGUAGCCGCCGCCACUGCCCGCCGUUCCCCUCAGCCUCCACAGCCAGCGGAAGAGAAUGGCCCAAGCUACGGUAGCAGCAACGUCUGUGCAUGAUGAAGACCCAUCUGAAAGCAGGAUGGUGGUCACGUUCCUCGUGUCAGCGCUGGAGUCCAUGUGUAAAGAACUUGCCAAGUCCAAGGCAGAAGUUGCCUGCAUCGCUGUCUAUGAAACAGACGUCUUUGUAGUUGGAACUGAGAGGGGAAGAGCCUUUGUUGAUUCCAGGAAAGAUUUUCAGAAGGAUUUUGUUAAAUACUGUGUUGUAGAAGGGGAGAGGGCUGCAGAGCUGCAGGAAACGAAGUAUGUACCACCUGCCAACAGGCUGACAGUGGAUGCUGUGGAACUGGAAGCUCUCAGGAAGUCUGUAGAGGACUACUUCUGCUUUUGCUAUGGUAAAGCUUUAGGAAAGUCAACGGUGGUCCCAGUGCCGUAUGAGAAGAUUCAGAGAGACCAAUCUGCUGUGGUGGUGCAGGGCCUGCCCCAGGGGCUUGCGUUCAUGCAUCCGGAAAAUUACGAUGUUUCAACCCUGAAGUGGAUUUUGGAAAACAAGUCGGGGAUCUCAUUUAUCAUCAAAAGGCCUUUCCUAGAGCCGAAGAAAGAGUUAGGAGCUCAUGUGACAGAUCCUUCACAAUCAAUUAUACCUCCAGGUGGAAGUUGCCUUCCUGUUCAAGUGAAAACGGAGCCUAGUGAGGAUCCUGGAAUUCCUUUGGAAAUGUCAACAGUGACAGUGAAGGAAGAAUCAGAGGAUCCUGAUUACUAUCAGUACAAUAUUCAAGGAGGCCCUUCUGAAACAUCAGAGAUGGAUGAAAGAAUUGCUCUGGCCAAAAGUUACACAGAUUCCUCCCAGCAUCCUCCUUCAGAAACACGUGAGGAUCCCGAGGUCGAGGUCACCCUGGAAGAUGAUGAAGACUACUUGCCCCCUAACAAGAGAUCUAAGAACACUGAGGCAGCACCUGAAGCUGCCAGUACUGGGAAAAGAAAAGCGAGAGAGUUCAAUUUUGAUAAAUGGAACGCACGAAUUACAGACUUGAGAAGGCAAGUUGAAGAACUGUUUGAGAAAAAAUAUGCUCAGGCCAUAAAAGCAAAGGGCCCCGUGUCCGUCCCGUACGCCCUCUUCCAGUCCCACGUGGAAGACCUCUAUGUGGAAGGCCUGCCGGAGGGCAUUCCCUUCAGACGGCCGUCCACGUACGGCAUUCCUCGUCUGGAGAGGAUUCUCGUAGCGAAGGAGCGGAUCCGCUUUGUGAUUAAAAAGCACGAGCUUUUGAAUUCAACUCAAGAAGAUGCACCAGUGGACAAACCAGCUGCAGGAGUGAAGGAGGAGUGGUAUGCCAAAAUCAACAAACUGAGAAAGGCGGUAGAUCAGCUCUUCUGUAAGAAGUUUGCUGAGGCCUUGGGGAGCACUGAGCCUAAAGCUGUUCCAUACCAGAAAUUCGAGGUCCAUUCUGCUGACCUCUACGUUGAAGGUCUGCCUGAGAACAUUCCUUUUAGGAGUCCAUCCUGGUAUGGGAUCCCUCGCCUCGAAAAAAUAAUUCAAGUGGGCAACAGAAUAAAAUUUGUAAUCAAAAGGCCAGAGCUGCUAACUCUCAGUUCACCUGAAGUUACUCAACCUGGGACAGACACACCAGGCAAGACAGCCAAAGAAGAUUGGAAUGUCAGGAUCACAAAGCUAAGAAAGCAAGUAGAAGAGAUAUUUAAUAUGAAAUUUGCUUCAGCUCUGGGGCUUUCAGAGGCAGUGAAAGUUCCCUAUCCUGUAUUUGAAUCAAACCCUGAGUACUUGUAUGUGGAAGGCUUGCCAGAAGGAAUUCCCUUCCGGAGUCCCACGUGGUUUGGGAUUCCACGCCUGGAAAGAAUUGUCCGCGGGAGCAACAAGAUCAAAUUUGUUGUUAAGAAGCCUGAGCUUGUCGCCUCCUAUUUGCCAUCAAGACUGGCUAGUCAAUUAAACACUAAAGCAGCAAAUCCAAAGAGUUCGAAGAGGUUACAAAGUCCUGCAAGCAAUUUACAGGUUCCAGAGAUAGAAGUUACUGUUGAAGAAGGUCCUAAUAAAGCACAAACAGCAGAUGUUCAAACCAAUUCUCAAACCAAUGGGUCCAGUCUGAGUUUCAAGCCAAGAGGAAGAGAUUUUUCUUUUGAGGCGUGGAAUGCCAAAAUCACUGAUCUGAAGCAGAAAGUUGAGAAUCUUUUUAAUGAAAAAUGUGGGGAAGCACUGGGGCUGAGUGAGCCAGUGAAGGUACCGUUUGCGUUGUUCGAAUCCUUCCCAGAGGUUUUCUAUGUGGAAGGCCUACCAGAUGGAGUGCCCUUCCGACGACCUUCUACCUUUGGAAUUCCGAGGCUAGAGAAGAUUCUGAGAAACAAAUCUAAGAUAAAAUUCGUUAUUAAAAAGCCUGAGAUGUUUGAGGCGGCGGUGAAGGAGAGUUCUGCUAAAAGUCCCCAGAGAAAAAAUAAUCCAUCUAAUACAGCCAAUACAGCAAGCACCACAGCAAAUACAGUAGUGAACACAGCAGCAGGAGUUGAAGAUCUUAACAUCAUUCAAGUAACUUUGCUAGAGGAUGAAAGUGAAAGACUUUCAAAGGUAGAGAAGGCCAGACAACUGAGAGAGCAAGUGAAUGAUCUCUUCAGCAGGAAAUUUGGUGAAGCCAUCGGUAUGAAUUUCCCUGUGAAAGUCCCAUACAGAAAAAUCACAAUCAACCCCGGCUGCGUGGUGGUGGAUGGGAUGCCUCCUGGAGUGUCAUUUAAAGCUCCCAGUUACCUGGAGAUCAGCUCCAUGAGGAAGAUUUUGGAAUCAUCGGAGUUCAUCAAAUUUACUGUCAUCCGACCAUUUCCAGGACUUGUGAUGAACAACCAGCCAGCUGAACCCAGGCAAACAGAGGUAUCUUCAGGAGAUGUUACAGAAACAGAAGAAAGUUGUCAAAUAAAGCAAGAACCAGAGCCAACGUGGUAGAGCUCAUCCCUGCUGCGCCAGAAGCACCCAGAGCUGAGAAGAGCUUGCCAGGACUGUGCUGAGCUGUGUGAUGUAACUAUGAGAGAAGUACCUUCUGUACAAACCCUUUUGUACUUUGAGAUAGAAAUGUCUACUUUUUCAGCAGUUCUGUGAAUUGACUUAAUGUGAAGAAUGACUGCAGGUUUGGAAUGGCUGGUUUUGCUCUGGAAUAUAUGAUAAGGACUGAAUUUGUUGCAGCAAUACUGGGGAGAUGAUAAGGAUUCAAACGAACGGGGACUUAACAGAGGCCAUCUACAUUUCCCAAUGAAGCUGAAUUCCACUGUGCCUGAAUAUAUCUCAGCUUCUGUAAUGAAGAAACAGUGCAAGUAGCUCAGUUUGUUAAUUUCACUUUGGAGAAAACAGAUCACUGAUUUUUUUUGUGGUUCUUACUCCUUUCAUGGCUGAUUGGUCGAUGGUAUGUGUAUAUUUGCACUAAUUUUUCCUACAUCUGCCACAACUCAUCUGUUUCUCAUAAAUAAAAGGUAAACUGGUUCACUUGACUGUUAGUAUGCACUAAUGAGAUGGGCAGUAUAUCAGUUUGUGGACUAGGAACCCUUUUAAAUUUAAUCCUUUUAUAGUUUGCUCCAUUAAUUGAAAGUAAUAAGUGCAUGUUUUAUCAGAGUAUCACGUGGGAUUUGUAUGAUGGGUCUGCUCUGGCAGCCCUAAUUUAGGCCAAACGGAGUGAGUUUUUCUCCUGCAGGCUGUGGGUAAUGCCCUGCUGUUCAUCCAGAGCUACCUACAGAAUCCUGCAUCACAAGCUGCUGUAAGCCCUCAUGUCUCAGAACUUAAAUCUCCCAUAGUCCUGUUUAUGCCCCACAUCAUGUGAGAGUCUCAUGUAUUCAUUUCUUGAAGCUUCACAACCCGUGAGAGUUGUAAAAUUCUGGCUCCAGGAGGUUGGGAUGACUGCGUUAUGCACAAAUGCUCGACCUUAUUCCCUCAUUAAGAAAUAAAGAUAUUUCUGAUGGUUUUUUGUGACUGUCCAUAUAUGUUCACAUAGCAGUAACUCUGUAGGCAGCUAGAAUAUGCUACAGCGUAGAUACUACAGUGAAGAACCGAGUUCCUGUUCCACCCUUUGGACAAGGAAAGCAGCUCUGAGUGGUGCAUCUGCAAGGACAAUUUUGAAGACCUGUGUGCAGUUGGCUGUGGUGUCUGUCCCGAGGAACAUCGACAGGAGGAACUCUGCAGACAGGUUCCAAGCAGCACAUGCUGUGGGUGUAAGGCAGGGAGAGGGCUGUAGCUCAUGUGCUGGCACGAUUGCUCCAUGUAGGUCUAAGUGCUCCUGCUUUAUGAUGUCUGGAGGCAUUGUAAGUAUCUGGCUGUCAUUGUGGUGGCAGUGGGGGCAGGGAUAGCUCUGUGCUGAGCCGUUUUGAAAGUGCUGACAGCAGGUGAUGGAUGCAGUGCUGCCCUGUGUCAGCCCCACAGCAGUGAGCCCAAUGGAUUUUUUUACCUGGUGACUCAGUGAUGUGGGCACUCUCCCAGCUCAUAGCCAUGACAUAUUUCACUUCAGUGGACCUCUGUAGAUAAGUUGUAACAGAAUGACAGCCAGUUUCACAAUUGCUGCCAGACGUUUUUAGGGUGGGGAAAUGAAGUUAACACAGCUUUUCAUGCAUUUUCAGCUUCCCUUUUUGAGAAAGCAGAAGGGAGGGCCAUCCCUCCUUCACUAUCAUUGCCCUUGGGGCAGCACUCCUUGCCUUGUCUGCCCAGCAGGGCUCUGUGCUGCUCAUAUGGAGUUGGUGCUAACAUGAGUUGAGCGGGGCAUUAUAAUGAAGGAACUGUAAAAAUAGUUCAGGCUGCUGCCUGGCGCGGAUGUCCUGGAAGUGCAUCGCACCCUGGGCAUAUGAGAGCUUGGAAAAGUGAAGUGAAAACUGAUGAUGGUGGUUUUACGGGAAAUGCUGAAGGCUGGGAUUGGGUCCAUCCCUAUGGCAGAUCUCAUUAGUGUUGGGGUGCACAUCAGCAGUGCUCUGUCGAUUCUUUCUGAUGGCUCUUUUGAUGGUCUCGGGCAUUUUGAGUGAUAAGCAGUAGGGAUAAAUUAAACUGUCAAAGUAAUUGCACUGAUAUUUAUACCUUCCAAAUACCAAUUUUAUAUUGAAAAUGAUCUAUGUAUAUAGUAGGCAGCAGACUUUUAAGGUGUUGACCAUGUAUGAAAAUCUGAUUCAUUUCUGAACUAGUAAUACGUAAGGUGUUCCACUCUUUGGGCACUGAGGGAUAAUGCCUUAAAAAGCCUUGGCUGUACUGAUAAAUGAGGAAAUAAAUACAAUUGUAACACCUUA